AUGAAACAAACAGAGUGGGAGGAAGUAAGUAAGAAGAGAAAUAAUCAUGUCAGGAUACCAAGGAUAUCCAUAUGGACUGCGAAAGGUGGUAAGGUGAGCUUCGAAGCCGGUGAUACCGUGGCAUCUUUCUUCUUCACCAAAUUCCCAGAGAACUUUGAAGCAAAAGAUAUGUUUGAAAUCUUUAAAGCUUAUGGAAUCGUGAUGGAAGUUACAAUACCGGCAAAAAGGGGCAAAAUAUUUGGUUUUGUUCGUUUCAAAAACGUUGGAGACACUAGAUUGUUGGCAUUGAAACUGGAUAACAUCAUCAUUUAG